CGCCGUGCUGUGCGCCGCGCGGCGGAUGGGCUCAGGGGCCGAGCUGAUUUUGAACUGUUUCUUAUAAGAACGAAGCAUGGCUGGCAUAGGAGAGGCUGCAGAACGCCGGCUGGGCAGGCCGAGGCUUUGUGUUCUGGUUUCUGCUGGGCAUUGUGUCCAGUGCUGUGCCCGCGGAUGGCGAUGGUUUGAUCACCAGCUCGAGCACAAAAACCAGCUGUGGAUUAAUGGGGUGAGGCCAGCUGCACGAAUAUUAACAAGAUGAGGUGCUGGGAUAGUUUAGUGUGGGAAGAGGAGGCUUAGGGGAGACCUCACUGCUCUCUGCAGCUGCACGAAAGGAGGUUAUUGUAAUGAGGUAGGGGAUCGGCCCCUUCUGCAUAACAGCAGUAGCACAGGAGGUAAUGGCCUCAAGUUGCACCAGGAGAGGUUCAGGUUGGAUACUGGGAAACCUUUCUUCUCAGAAACAGUGGUGAGGCAUUGGCACUGCGAGGUGGUUGAGUCAGCAUCCCUGGUGGUGUUCAAGAUAUGUGGAGCUGUGAUACUGAGCAACUGAUAAGGUGGGAUAGGGCCAAUGGCUGAACUAGAUGACCUUAGAGGUCUUUUCCAACCUGGAUGAUUCUUUGAUGUUAUUAUACAGCUGGACUUGGGGUUCUUGUGCAUUUUGCACAACUGUCAGAGUUCAAGAAGCACCUGAACAAUGCUUUCAGACAUAGGGUUUGGACUUUCGGUGGUUCUGUGUGGACCCAGGAGUUGGAUGUAAUGAUGUUUAUGGAUCCCCUUCAAGUCUAGAUAUUCUAUGAUUCUGUUUCUCAGGGGGAAAAAAAAUUGAUGCCAGCCAAGAAGCCAAGUCAGUGUACUGCGUGUCAGAGGUCUGUAUGCUUUGCUCAGUAGGAUAUCAUCUCUUCUGUUGUCAUCGCUCAGAGAAGACCAGCCGACGAUGGAUGGCAUUAGAUUACGCAGGAAUUUCCAUUGGUAUCCUAGGCUGCUACGUAUCAGGCGUGUUUUAUGCAUUUUAUUGUAGUAAAUACUGGCGUCAGGUGUACUUAAUCACUGUGCUGGCAAUGAUCUUGGCAGUAUUUUUUGUUCAGAUUCAUCCCAAUUACCUCACACAGCAGUGGCGCAGGCUGCGCUCCAUCAUCUUUUGCUCAGUGUCUGGAUACGGCAUUAUUCCUACUAUCCACUGGGUUUCACUCAACGGUGGCAUUGGUGCAGCUAUUGUACAGGAGUUUGCUCCACGUGUGGUUGUCAUGUAUUUCAUUGCUGCUGUAGCAUUUCUCUUCUAUAUUUCCAAAGUUCCAGAAAGAUACUUUCCAGGACAGCUCAACUACCUCGGCUCUAGUCACCAAAUAUGGCACAUCCUUGCAGUAGUGAUGUUGUACUGGUGGCACCAGUCUGCAGUGUACAUCAUGCAGUACCGACACAGCAAGCCCUGUCCUGAGCACAGUGUGGACUUAUGAGUGAAGAGGCACUGCAAUGAAACUUCUGACUACAGGAGUCUGAACCUUACAAAUAUGCAGAACCAUGAAAGUAAGCACUAAGGCAGUUCCUUUCCAACUUCUGGACUGUUACCCUACUCACUGAGAUGAUACAUUAACAGGAAUGCUGGGGGGAAAAAGCAGCAUUGCCUGGAUCUCAAUACAACAUCUGAACAUCUCCUGAACACCUCCAGGGUCAGUGACUCCACCACCUCCCUGGGCAGCCCAUUCCAGCACCUGACCAUUGUCUCAGA